UGGAAUCACUCUCCAUUAUUCUGGUUUUGACGACGCAACAGAGCUCAACAUUCUCAAAAGACCUUUGAUUAUCAUCAAACCAAACCAUAAAAAACUCAAGCAUGAAGCUCGCCAUCGUCCUCGUCAUUGCGACGCUGGGAAUUGGCGCACUUGCCGCAGUCAUGGAUCCGGCUCGCCCGAUGCGUGCAGAUGGCCGACGCGCGCCAGUGGGAGCACCCAGCGAAAUCACAGAUCUGAACGACCCCCAACUGCUGCAGGCGGUUAAUUUUGCGACCGACUAUGCCAACCUGGAGAAGGGCGACGAGCUCGGGGCCGAGCUCGCAUUGGCCAAAAUUGUUUCGGCCACUUCUCAGGUCGUGUCAGGCAUCAAGUACACCAUCACCCUGCAACUGAACGCCAAAGACGACGCCACUAGGACGUUUGAUCUUGUCGUCCAGGUGCUGUGGCAGGCUUGGGCCACGCCAGCGUACAAAAUCCUCCAGUUUGACAUUUCCGAAACCACCGUCGCGGUGCCCGUGCCUGCGCCUGAGCCUGCGCCUGAGCCCGUGCCCGUGCCCGUGCCGAGGCCCGGAAGCUUUACGCCUGUCGACAACUCUGUGAACUCGCUCCAGGAAGAUCCCUCCCUUGUGCUUGCCGUCCAAGCCGUGCUCGAUCGCCUCAACGAGCCGAGCAACUCCAUCAACCGCAUCGUCCUUCUCGACUUGCUUUCGGUGCAGAAGCAGGUUGUCGCUGGCAAAAGGUACAUAAUGCGCUUCCUGGCCGGCAUGUCGACCGACUGUCGAAAGGACGCGGCGUCUUCCGUGUUUGACGACUUGGACUGCACCGUUCCGUACGAUCGCGUGUUUGCCGUGAACGCUCAAGUGUUUGUUCCUCUGCCUUCUGCCAACGCCGAGCCUCAAGUGUCGUCGGUGGAUCUCGAGGUGCCCGUUUCGACCCUUCCGGGAUUUGUCCCAAAAACCUUUCGCGUGGCGCCAGUCGGAACGUUUGAAGACGCCUUGCCGUCCACGCCUCUAGACGAUCCGCUCGUUAUGGACGCCAUUCGCAGCAUUGAUACGACGGUGCUUGCCUCGCAAGAAAUCACUAAGUGCAAGCGGUUUGUGACCUCUGUGCGCGGCGCCACGCAGAUGCCAAGCAAUUCAAAUUCGAUUUUCAUGCGACUCGUUUUGGUCGUUGGUAUGGACUGCGGUCCCAACUCCAACGGCCCUCUGUGGCAGCCGUUCCACAAGUUUGCCCUCAUUAUGGAAGGACAGUACGCCGACCCGCAGGGUGGAGAGUCGCCGGGCAACUGGAAUGCACCCGACAUGGUCCUCCGAUGGCACUCGGUUCGCGCGGACGACCUUGGCACCACGGUCGAGGACAACGUUGGCGCUGGUCUGCCGCCCAAGCCUGACUCGCCGCCAGAAACGACCCCAACCGACACUGACUCUCCGCCGCCCCUCCUUGGCGGGCAAGUGACCAUUCCGGACGUGUCCGCGAACCCGAAUGCUCAGAUGGCGCUGGCGUUCGGCUUGGCGACUGUCAACGAACGCAUGAACCGAGAUGAGCCGCUCGUGCAGAUCUCCGUGCUCAGUGCUACCAUGCAGAUGGUCGCUGGCCGCAUUUACCGUUUCCGCGUGCUUGUCGCGCCUUCGCAUGCCUGUUCCAAGGGCCAGCCGAUGCCCGCGUCCUCCGACCCAGCCGACUGCCCGCCCGAUGCCUCGCAGAGCUUUGUCUUGGUGCUCGUUGUGCGCCACCGUGCGUGGGAGACCAACGCGCCGAUGACUCUGCAGUCAAUGACGGUCGAGACUGAAAACCCACCAGACGCGUGCGCCACCGUCUACACUGGCUAUGCGAGCGACCCGUCUGGCCGCUGCUACGUCUCGAGCAAGAUCGACUGCAGCAAUCCAUUCGAGUACAAGACGCUCGAAGAGUGCCAGCAGGCGAUGGACAACCAAUGGUGCCUCUCUUCGCUGUUCAAGUCGAAAGUGGUGCGGUACUCGAUGAUUGGAACCGCCGGCCUGUUUGUUCUCUUUGGCCUGGUAAUGUUCGCCCAGAGCAUGAUGGCCAGGCGCCGUGCCGAGCGCGCCGUGUUCAUGCCCACUCGCAGCGAACAAAAGCCCGACAACAUCAAGUACAUGAAGUUGAACGAGCUGCAGCAGCGUCCGAUGUACUAAGCCACAGUGCUCUACGCUGUCGUCAGGCCUCAAAGCAACUUGGAACGGCUUUUUGUUUGGCGCCCGAGUGCUUGUUGUAAAGAAGGAUGCGUGUGUUGGCGACUUGUCAAUCCGCUUUUGUUUUAGAUUUGUGAAUAGCAAGUGCAUGCCUCCCUGCAUA